AUGGCAGGUGGGGCUUUUGUUGCAACAAGUGGUGGAAGGGAAUAUGAAGGGAAGGUAACAGCAUUCGUGUUGGUGACAUGUUUUGUGGCAGCAAUGGGAGGUCUUCUAUUUGGUUAUGACCUUGGUAUUACAGGAGGAGUUACUUCAAUGGAACCAUUCUUGAUAAAGUUCUUCCCAGCUGUUUACAAACAAAUGAAAGAUGAAACAAGUCAUGAUAGUCAGUACUGCAAAUUUGACAAUGAACUCCUUACAUUGUUCACCUCUUCCCUAUACCUUGCUGCAUUGGUUGCCUCUUUCUUUGCUUCCACUACAACCAGAAUGCUUGGUCGUAAGCCUUCUAUGUUCUUAGGUGGCUUGUUUUUCCUUGUUGGUGCCUUGCUCAAUGGUUUUGCUCAAAAUAUUGCUAUGCUUAUCGUUGGUCGUUUGUUGCUUGGUUUUGGUGUUGGAUACUGCAAUCAGUCUGUUCCAGUGUAUUUGUCCGAAAUGGCUCCAGCAAAGAUCAGAGGAGCACUCAACAUGGGGUUCCAAAUGAUGAUUACAAUUGGUAUCCUAAUUGCAAACCUUAUCAACUAUUGGACUUCCAAGCAUCAAAAUGGAUGGAGAAUUUCCUUGGGAAUCGGAGCUGUCCCUGCAGUUUUGUUGUGUUUGGGAUCUGCUUUCUUGGGUGACACGCCAAACUCAUUGAUUGAAAGAGGUCAACAUGAAAAAGCAAAGGCAAUGUUGCAAAAGAUUCGGGGUACCGACAACGUUGAUGAGGAGUACCUAGAUCUCAUUGAUGCUAGUGAGGAAGCUAAAAAGGUUGAACAUCCAUGGAAGAACAUUGCACAACCAAAAUAUAGACCUCAACUCACAUUUUGCACUUUGAUUCCAUUCUUCCAGCAACUCACUGGCAUCAAUGUUAUCAUGUUUUAUGCACCUGUCCUUUUCAAGACUUUGGGAUUCGGUAACGAUGCUUCCCUCAUGUCUGCUGUUAUCACUGGCGGUGUCAAUGUUGUUGCCACUUUUGUUUCCAUCUUCAGUGUUGACAAGGCUGGAAGAAGGAUCUUGUUCCUUCAAGGUGGCACCCAAAUGUUUGUUUGCCAGAUUGCUGUUGGAGGGAUGAUUGCUGCAAAGUUUGGACUAGGCGGAGAAGGGUCAUUGAGCAAAGGUGAAGCAAACUUGCUAUUGUUUUUUAUAUGUGCGUAUGUUGCAGCAUAUGCAUGGUCUUGGGGUCCAUUGGGAUGGUUGGUGCCAAGUGAAAUAUGUUCUCUUGAAGCGAGAUCUGCAGGGCAAGCUAUCAAUGUUGCUGUGAACAUGUUCUUCACCUUUGUCAUUGCUCAAAUCUUCCUCACAAUGCUUUGCCAUUUCAAGUUUGGCCUCUUUUUCUUCUUUGCUGGCUUUGUCCUUAUCAUGACUAUCUUCAUUGCACUCUUGUUGCCUGAGACUAAGAACGUCCCAAUUGAAGAAAUGAGUAGAGUAUGGAAGUCACAUUGGUUCUGGACCAAGUUCAUUCCUCAGGACCAUGUUGUCACUGCUUGA